GAGUUGAUAUUAAGGCUCAAGCUCGAGCCAAAUGCAAUGGGAACUAAGCAAUGGCCAAAAUCACCUCGGCGGAGCCCUUCUAAUCCCUGUCUGUGCUGAACUAAACCUGCUGGCUGCGAAAAUUCACGUCGCAGGAGAAAUAGAAGAACCCAACAGCUUUAAAUGAAUUACUUGUGCUUCAUAAACUGGCCUUAUAGGUUUAAAAUAAAUGCCACUAUCAUUGUCCCUUUACAGUCAAGUUUGCACGUCACUGCUUACAGUAAGAAAAUGUGCAUGCAUCCAUCACCUGCAUUCACUGUAAAUAACAUUAACGCAGUAGGUGAUGGAGCUGUGACUGAGCUGUACUGCUGACGCAUCCGUACGUUCAUACAGUAUGCAGCCCAUCUAGCUUUCCAUAUGCCGUUAUCUCUCCCCAUGUUUCACCUCUGGUUUAACCCCACGCUGCUGUCUGGAAAACCCGGAAGCCAUCUUUAUCCCUGUCUUAUUCAGCCGGCAGCCUCACGUUUCUUUACCUUGCGACACUUGGAUCAACGUCUCCGCACCCCGAGACGUUCUCCAUUUUAAAUCCCUUCCCCUCUCUGAGCUCGGAGAUCACUUCCCACAGCGUGGAGAUGAAUGGUUUGGCCUUUUUCCCCAGCAGCAGGUUCAACUGUGAGGCCCUCCAAUGGGUCAAAGGUGACGGGGGUAAUGUAUAUGCAAAUAAUCCCUUGGCACGCGCUGUGAACCUCAGAUGAGAAAUGUACCUGCUAAUGUCUAUCAAACAAAACAAGACGUUACCCAGUGUACUGAGCUACACUGUCUGCAGGUCGUGUAUAAGGAGAUAAGAUGACACAGUAGACGGCGGUUCACACACGGCCACCUGAUCCCACCGUGGCUCCAACUGGGCCCAGUGGGACGCUGACACCACAUCACAGAGCUCUAUGAAUAUGAAUCCUCCUUCCAGACAUAGGUGGAACGUACGGGAUCCAAGCGCCACGUUCUUAAUUGGGACAGGAUGCAGUGACCUUUGACCCCUUCAUUUAUAGGAAAAACCAAAGAAAUGUUGAUGUUUAUUAUAACAAGCCACGUGGCGUCAUUAUUGUUUGGUCUCGCUCCCACCGAGAUGGGGACCUCUGACACUGUGUCGCUGUCUACACCAGUAAUGAGUAAAAGCUGAAGUGUAGGUGUGAUACAGGUGACGAGAAAUUAAAUCUGCCACACACUUCACCUGCUCUCUGCGCGUUGCACAGGUCGACCUCCAUUAUUUCCCUGCUCCAUAUUUCUCCUCUGCUGAUUACUCAUUAACAGCAUUUUCUUUAUUUUUGACUUUGUGAAUGGGGGAAACUCUCAAUGUGAACCAAAGAUUAGCCAAGUAGGCGCGGGCUAAAAGUCCUCUCUGAUCCCAGCCCCGGGCGCAACAGUACGGCUAAUGCCUUUCCACGCUACUGUGAGAGAUCCAGCGCUGGCUCCCAGCACGGAGAAAUUGUGAAUGAUUGUUAAGUUCACACAGACGCCUCCGCAGCUUUGCCCCGGGCUGCUUUUUGUCACGAUCGCUCCUUACGCCUCAAGGAUUGUAUUUCAUGUUUUUCAGAUCGCCCGGUUUUAAGCUGGUGGGAAGAAAGAGAGUGAGAAUUUGUGUGAAGACAGGCUUUAAUCAAGAGCUGUUGAAGAGGAGAGAGAUUAAAUGCAGAAGCACUGAUCUGAUUUUAUUGAUGUACCACAGGAACACAACUGGUUUAGUUUAUACUUCUACAGUUCUGGCUUCUGCUUUUGGAAGAAUUGGCAUGCAGUUUGUGUGACAUUUGCCUGAGACUCGCUCAUGAGGUGUCUGUCUUUGUGGAAGUGCUGAUAGAUAGGGAUCAGUGGACACAUCUGGCGGGAGGAAAUAACACUAUCAGCAGCAGUCAGGGCUUCUCCCCCAGGACCGUCCCCACCUCCUCCUGCCAUGAAAUGGAUCCAGGUAUGUGGCUUAGCAGCGUGGACCCAAGUGAAAUAAUCUUUCAUAUUUCAGAAGGAAGGGGUCGGGGGGGGUUGUGGAAAAGCCAACUUGUUUUCUCUUUCUGUGACGCCUGCAAGCCAAGAGGCAGCAGCAGCAUGUGUCGGCCUUGUUGCUGCUGAUGUCUGUUUAUCCUUGGUUGGCUGCGUGGCCCCGGAGCAAACAGCAGGACAGAGGCCAGGUCCGGCCUUUUAGUGCAUGAUGCUCGCUCUCCGCAGGGACAGGAGGCCGCAUAAAUAUUUACCUGCGCCACUUGUUCUCCAGACAUCACAGGGGGUUCAUUCAUCUGGACCACAGAAUGUUUGUGUUUUAUUUUCAGUACAGUUGGACCAUGAGAUAUUUCCUUGUUUUUGACUUUCCCCCGUGAGAAGCAUCUUAGUGAUGCAAAGGUCUUUCUGUCAGUGGGCUUCUUUCUCUGAUGAUGCUUAUUAAUCCGAAGGACAUCUGUUUGUGUGAUGUGAACCGGCCCCAUUCAUGAGUUAGCCCCCGCCAUGAAUAGUCAAUGAGCCGGUGCUUAAUAAACAUGAGGGGGUGUAUAUAUCGCCUCGCUCGCACCAGCCUCCGUGAGUUCAGCGGGAGGCUGGAGAGAGUCGAGGGUGGGAGCAUGUAAGGAAAGGAGGGGGAGCAAGCGUGUGUUUGUGUGUGUGUGUGCGUAAGAGGGGACGCCGAGCGCUCGGCCACAAGCUUGAGGGGAAGUCAGUCCCGUCGCCGGAGUGGUUGUGUGGCUGUGGAAGACGGAGCGGACGGAGGGGAGGUCGGCUCAGAGGAGGAAGAGGAGGAGGAGGAGCUGCGCUUCUUGAUGGUUGGAAGGAGAGCCUGCGUGGUGUGAUCUGCUCCACCAUGGGAUGCAGCCUCUGUUCCCUGCAGAAGCCCGAGGAGCAUUACAAACUACUCUAUGAAGUCUGCCAGGUCAAUGGCAAGGACCUGUCCAAGGCCACCCACGACCAGGCGGUGGAGGCCUUCCGCACGGCCAAGGAGCCCAUCAUGGUCCAGGUUCUGCGCCGGGCCCCGCACCCCAAAGCCGUGGCCUCCGCCGGCAACGCCGAGGUUUCAGACACCAGCACCCAGACCGACAUCACCCUUCAGCACAUCAUGGCGCUCACCAAGCUGCCUCCGUCCUCGCCGCCCAUGACGGAGCUGGAGGAGUACCUGCUGCCGGAGGAGCAUCCUCCAGGACACGCAUACUUUGACCCCAGUGAUUUUCUGGAAGGCAUUCAGCAGGACAUGGAGCGUGAGGAGCUGGAGUAUGAGGAGGUGGAGCUGUACCGAGCCAAUAUCCAAGACAAACUGGGCUUGACCAUCUGUUAUAGGACCGAUGACGAGGACGAGGCCGGGAUCUACAUCAGUGAGAUCGACCCCAACAGCAUCGCUGCCAAAGACGGACGAAUUAGAGAAGGAGACAAGAUCAUCCAGAUCAACGGUGUUGAGAUCCAGAACCGGGAGGAUGCCGUGGCUCUGCUCACCAGUGAAGGCAACCAGAACAUCUCCCUGCUGGUUGCCAGACCAGAGAUUCAGCUGGACGAGGGCUGGAUGGAUGACGACCGCAACGACUUCUUGGAUGACCUGCACAUGGACAUGCUGGAGCAGCAGCACCACCAGGCCAUGCAGUUCACUGCCAGCAUGCUGCAGCAGAAGAAGCACGAGGAAGACGGCGGCACCACCGACACGGCCACGCUCCUGUCCAACCACCACGAGAAGGACAGCGGCGUCGGCCGCACCGACGAGAGCACGCGCAACGACGAGAGCUCCGAGCAGGAGAACCUGGGCGACGACCACACCACGGCCUCCAACACGCUGGGCAGCUGCAGGAAGCUGGCCUACAGCCAGGACACCCUGGGCAGCAGCGACCUGCCCUUCGGCGGCGAGUCCUUCUUCUCCGCCGACGCCGCCGACGCCGACUUCCUGGGCAUCCCGGCCUACGAGUGCGAGCGCUUCCGAGAACUCUUGGAACUGAAGUGCCAGAUGAGGAGCGGCGGGGCCCAGGGCCCGUGCUGCCACGGCGACGGCGGCGCCGAGGGCCAGGACCAGGAGGGCGUGGACAAGGAGCUGGAGCUGCUGAACGAGGAGCUGCGCACCAUCGAGCUGGAGUGCCUGAACAUCGUCCGCGCCCACAAGAUGCAGCAGCUGAGGGAGCAGUACCGCGAGUCCUGGAUGCUCCACGACAGCGGCUUCCGCAACUACAACACCAGCAUCGACGCGCGGCGCCACGAGCUCUCCGACAUCACGGAGCUGCCGGAGAAGUCGGACAAGGACAGCUCCAGUGCCUACAACACGGGGGAGAGCUGCCGCAGCACCCCGCUCACCCUGGAGCUGUCUCCAGACAACUCGCUCCGCAGAGGGAGCGCGGCAGGCCCGUCCGGCUCCGGCGGCCGCGUCCUCACGCCCCUGUCGCCCGUCCAGGAGGCGUGCGGCCCCGGCAGGAGCCGAGGCCCCAGGGAUGCGGAUGGAGCCGCGCAGCCAGAGGGCAAGGAGCGGAAGCUGGCGGAGCAGAGCAAGCCCGGGCGAGGCUUCUCCCAGCCGCACUCGCCCUACAAGCACGCCCACAUCCCCGCCCACGCCCAGCACUACCAGAGCUACAUGCAGCUGAUCCAGCAGAAGUCGGCCGUGGAGUACGCCCAGAGCCAGAUGAGCCUGGUGAGCAUGUGCCGCGACCCCGCCGCCGCCGCCGGCGACCUGGAGCCCAGGAUGGAGUGGAAGGUGAAGAUCCGCAGCGACGGCACGCGCUACAUCACCAAGAGGCCCGUGCGGGACCGCCUCCUGAGGGAGCGCGCCAUCCGCAUCCACGAGGAGCGCAGCGGCAUGACCACGGACGACGACGCCGCCAGCGAGCUGAAGAUGGGCCGCUACUGGAGCAAGGAGGAGCGCAAGCAGCACGCCGUGCGCGCCAAGGAGCAGCGGCAGAGGCGCGAGUUCAUGAAGCAGAGCCGGGCUGACUGCCUGAAGGAGCUGGGCAGCCCCGAGGACAGGAAGGAGCCCAGCAUCAUCGAACUCAGCCACAAAAAGAUGAUGAAAAAGAGGAACAAGAAAAUAUUUGACAACUGGAUGACCAUCCAGGAACUGCUGACCCACGGUACCAAGUCUCCGGACGGUACCAGGGUCUACAACUCCCUGCUGUCUGUGACCACGGUGUGAGCGGCAGCGCCACGGGCUCUGUACAUAGGACGCUCCCUGUUGAUGCUGCCUGCUUCACUGUGGCAACCAUCUGUAAAUAGGAAAUGAGGAAAGCUUCUCUGUCUGGACAUGUUCCCGCUGAGAGGAAGUGACUGAGAACGCUUUAAACCUUCCCGUCUUUUGUGCUUUGAUCAUUUUUUUGAAACAAAACCCCAACAGUAAAGUUUUUGGAAGGUUUUGAAGGUGUGCCAUACGUUAACAGCCAGCAUUUACACUAUUUUACACUAUUUUAUUCAUACUAUAUAUCUCUUACCAGUAUUUUUACUGAUACGCAUAUUUUAUGAAAGCAAUACUAUUUUCCUGCAAGGUAGAACCUGUAAUCCUUUUUUCCGAAGGACUUUUGUAAAUUAAAAAAAUAAAACAAAUUUUAAAAAACUCA